GCCUAUUGCUGCGUACCAUAACUCGUGACAGAUUACGACGAUCAGCCCCAGCCUUCUAAAGGUCGAUAUGAAUGCAAUAAUUAUAACGAUCGGUUCUAGGACGAGCAGGAUCUCCGCUAGCACGAGGUCCAGUACCACAAUUACUGCGAUCCCUGCGACCGCUUUUUCAGCAACCAAAACAACAUCCGGCAGUGUUCAUCGCGCCAUCAGCGACAUACAGUGCCCCUUCUGCAGGCAGACCAGCAACACCGCCACCGGUCUCAUCCACCACCUCGAGCGAGGUGCCUGUCCCAAUGCUCCUCUUGACCGCGACAAGCUCUACCAGGCCGUCCGCGCCCGCGACCCCAACGGAGUCAUCUCCAAGAAGCUCCUAGAGUGGCACGCAUCUCCCACCUACCCUCCGGGAGAACAACACAACAAUCCCACCUACACCGCCACUGACCGGACUCACAACUACCACAUCGGCGCCUACGAGUGUUGUCUCUGCCACCGCGCCUUUUCAACCCUCAAUGGCCUCAACCAGCACCUCAACUCCCCCACUCAUCAGCAGAAGCUCUACCACUGCCCGAACCAUCGUUGCGGUCGUGAGUUCACCACCCUCGCAGCGGCCAUCAACCACCUCGAGAGCGAGUCCUGCGGCUAUAUGCGCUUUAAGGCAGUGCAGCAGAACGUGGGGCAGAUUCUUGAUCCUCGCCGGAUGCUUUCUUUCUCAUGGAAGGUGCGAUACUUGUGAGGGUAUGCUUGGAACAAUUGAUGUACGAUGUGCGAAACUGGGAAUGGGGCUGUCGAGGGCCACAAAGAUACUUUAACGAGACUUGCUUUGAGAUGAUACGGAAGGGUGGAACCUAGGAACUUUAGCGGAUGUUGCAACCGUCUCAGCUGAUCAAAUCGUUUGUGCGUAGAUUUCCUCAACAAUAGGUCAAGAGAACAAAUGGAAGACUCUUUCUGUCACUGGUUCGAUUCCUAGUCACGGUCCGUCACACAAACAAAGCACAGGUGUCGUCUCCAUUGAGGCUCUUUCAGAUGGUC